AGGUGGUGUUCCACAGGAGUUGGGACAACGGUAAGUAGCCUUCCAGGAAGAGGUAACAGCUUUUGCAAUGGGUCAAAGGCAAGCAAGCCUCCUCGUCUCUCACACAUGGCAUCUCUUCAUCUGAAGAACAGAGGUGAAAGAAAACAUCUCUUCUAUGUGCACUGUAUUUGCCAGCUGCACUUUAGUGACCCAUAGAGUAAUAAUAAUAAUGACUACUGUUUAUUGAGUAAUUAUUAUCUGCCCGUCAGCGUUUAAGUGUUUCACAUGUAUUGUCUCAUCUCAUAGUCACAGGAACCCUGUGACGUAGGUAAACUGCGAUUAUCCUCAUUUUACAAAUGACAAAAUGAGAAUAGGUGGCACAAAUGGAAGGUCUCUGGGCCCUGUCCAUCCCAAGAUGAUUGUACCUUGAGUCAGAGAGUUGAAUUUUCUGUUCAGAUAGGGUUGAGUGCAACGGAACAUUAUAGUGUGGUGGUGAAGUAUGCAGACUCUGGGACCAGACAGGAUUUUUAUCCCAUGUUGUCACUUACCAGUUUCAUGACCUGGGACAAGUUACUUAACUUCUCCGGUCCUUAGUAUCCACAGCUAAAAAAGGAAGGUAAUAAUGAUAUCCUACAUCAUAUAAUUAUAAGGAUUAAAUAAGUUAAUACGUAUAAAAUACCUAGAACAAUGCCCUGCACAUAAGUGCUCAGUGUUAGCAAAACAACAACAAAAAAGCUCAAAUCAGCCAGAACUCUAAAGACAUAAGUGACAGAACCUUAGUUCAAACUGGUUUAAUCAAAAAAGAGAAUUGGCUCAUGUUACUGGAAAGUCCAGAGCUAGGAUGGCUUCAGAGCUAGCUGCAUCAAGAAGUGCAAACAGUCUUCUCAGUAAUCUCUCCCCAUUUCUCCACUGAGUUGGCUUCGUCCUCAACAGGUUUCUGCUUUGUGGCGACAAAGAUGGCCCUCGGCGACCUCAGGCUUAAAUCCUGUUUCCUGAGCAGUGUCAGUGGAAAGAGAACUCUUUCUUGAGAGACCCAGUUUGAAAACAGUUUCUUCCCUGAAUAAGUGUGAGAUGAUGUCAGAAGAUCCUUAGAGACAUGUUUUGGUUCUAUACCCUGGAACUUGGUCUUGCUUGCUGAGCCAGAAAGGACUGUAAUCCCAUCCCAUGACCUUUCUGAGCAUUGAGAACAGUUCCCCUCCUCACUAUUCCCCAGCCCCCACCACUCUCCACUCUGGGAUUGUUUGGAUCCAGAGAGAGUUUUUGGCUAGUCUGACCCAACCAGGCUUUCCUUUGGGGUGUCACUGGGAGAGACUGGAAUGAGAUGACUGGCCUGGUUUGGUGGUAGCCUCAGAGUAGUGGAAUCCCGGAGUACUGGUGUGCAACCCCAUACCUCAGCUUUGGGUUUCCGAGGCUCAGAACUUUGGAAGAGGGUUAAGUAGAUUACCAUGAGUAGAGUUUUGUUUUUUUAGUGUAAAUUUGUUGAAUAGAGUCUGGUUGAGGGCAAGUUACAGAACAGCAGUGUAUAGAGUGUGCAAGUCUCAAGUGUCUCCAGCAAUUAAACACUUUAUGGAGGCACUUAGGUCCUGGAGAUACAGCAGUGCAUGAAACAGUCAGGGUCUUGGAACUCAUGGAGCUUAUAUUCUGAGGGAGGAAAUAUCAACAAACAAAUAAAAGAAUCAGAUAGUAAUAUGUGCUGUGAAGGAAUUAAAGCAGCAGUGUGAGAGAGGGCAGGGUGGCCGCUGUACGCAGGGGGGUCAGAUUUGGCCUCGUUGAGGAGGUGGCAGUUGAGCCUGAUAACCUGCCAGAUGAGAAGGCACCAGCUGUGGGAAGAUUUGGGAGUGGGGCAUUCUAAUGUCAGCACUGUUAUAUGUGGAGAAAGAACUGCUGCGAGGUGGGGAAGUUUUUUUACAGAUGUUUCUUGAGAGUCUGCUAUGCGCCAGGUGCUAUGCUAGCAAUUGAAAAUGUAGCAGUGACUAACACAGCCACAGUCUUCCCUUCCCUCAUGGAUCUUACAGUCUAGGCGAUUCUGGAAGAGCUGCAGCCUUUGAAGAAACACCUUUUGAUGAUGCCCUCAGACCAAAGGCUCUUUCUUACUAGGGAAAUGAGGAAGAUUGGGACACACGUGAACCCAGAUCUGAUUGAUGAGAAGGAACCAGCCAUGUGAUGAUCUGGGCAAGAGCAUUUCAGGAUCCUUCUCAUCACAGAGCUCCAGGCAGCCACUACCAAUCGAUUGGAGUUAGCCUGUGAGGAGCCUGGAGAGGUGUGGCUGGACCAGGACCUCCCCCGAUGUGAGCAGGUUUCCUCCUCCCCACACCACCCAUUGCCACCACGCCAGGGAACGUCCUCAAGCCCUGGCCCUCAGGGGAGAGGUAACAGGAGCCCGGAGCCGAGACCAUGUGACGGCGCUGGCCCUCGCCACCGCCGUCACCCCCCACCCUGGCCCCAGGCCCGGCACCAUGAUGUUCCGAGACCAGGUGGGCAUCCUUGCUGGCUGGUUCAAGGGCUGGAAUGAGUGUGAGCAGACGGUGGCCCUGCUGUCGCUUCUGAAGCGGGUCACCCGCACCCAGGCCCGCUUCCUGCAGCUCUGCCUGGAGCACUCACUGGCGGAUUGCAAUGACAUCCACCUGCUGGAGUCGGAGGCCAACAGUGCUGCCAUCGUCAGCCAGUGGCAGCAGGAGUCCAAAGAGAAGGUGGUGUCCCUCCUGCUGUCCCACCUGCCCCUGCUUCAGCCAGGCAACACGGAGGCCAAGUCGGAAUACAUGAGGCUGCUGCAGAAAGUGCUGGCCUACUCAAUCGAGAGCAAUGCCUUCAUCGAGGAGAGCCGCCAGCUACUCUCCUAUGCCCUCAUCCACCCGGCCACCACACUGGAGGACCGCAAUGCGCUGGCCCUCUGGCUGAGCCACCUGGAAGAGCGGCUGGCUAGCGGCUUCCGCACCCGGCCUGAGCCCACCUACCACUCGCGCCAGGGCUCAGAUGAGUGGGGGGGUCCCGCAGAGCUGGGCCCCGGGGAUGCAGGGCCAGGCUGGCAGGACAAGCCACCCCGGGAAAAUGGACAUGUGCCCUUCCACCCACCCAGCUCAGUGCCGCCGGCCGUCAACAGUAUUGGGAGCAACGCAAAUGCAGGUCUCCCCUGCCAAAUUCACCCCAGCCCGCUGAAGCGCUCCAUGUCGCUCAUCCCCACGAGCCCCCAGGCCCCUGGUGAGUGGCCGAGUCCGGAGGAGCUCGGGGCCCGGGCUGCUUUCACCACGCCCGACCACGCACCCCUCUCGCCCCAGAGCAGCGUGGCCUCCUCUGGCAGUGAGCAGACGGAGGAGCAGGGCUCCAGCCGGAACACUUUCCAGGAGGACGGCAGUGGCAUGAAAGAUGUGCCCUCGUGGCUCAAGAGCCUCCGCUUGCACAAGUACGCAGCCCUCUUCUCACAGAUGAGCUACGAGGAGAUGAUGACACUGACUGAGCAGCACCUGGAGUCUCAGAAUGUCACCAAAGGUGCCCGCCACAAGAUAGCCCUGAGCAUCCAGAAACUGCGUGAGAGGCAGAGCGUCCUCAAGUCCCUGGAGAAGGAUGUGCUGGAAGGCGGGAAUCUGCGAAAUGCUCUGCAGGAACUGCAGCAGAUCAUCAUCACCCCUAUCAAGGCCUACAGUGUCCUCCAGGCCACUGUGGCCGCCGCCGCUGCCGCCAGCCCUGCUGCCAAGGAUGGGGGCCGGGGGGAGCCCCUGCCGCCAGGUGCUGAGCCUCCACUGGCUCACCCCGGCACAGACAAGGGCACUGAGGCCAAGGACCCUCCCGCUGCAGAGAGCUACCCUCCUCCAGCAGCUCCGGCUCCCCCUGAUGGCAGUGAGCCAGCCCCGGCGCCCGUUGCUGACGGAGACAUCCCCAGCCAGUUUACACGGGUGAUGGGCAAAGUGUGCACCCAACUGCUGGUGUCCCGUCCAGAUGAGGAGAAUAUCACCAGUUACCUCCAGCUCAUCGAAAAGUGCCUGACUCAUGAGGCUUUCACGGAGACGCAGAAGAAACGGCUGCUGUCCUGGAAACAGCAAGUACUGAAGCUCCUCCGGACCUUCCCUCGCAAAGCCGCGCUAGAGAUGCAGAACUACCGGCAGCAGAAAGGCUGGGCAUUUGGCUCCAACUCACUCCCCAUAGCUGGUUCUGUGGGGAUGGGGGUAGCCCGGCGGACCCAGCGGCAGUUCCCAAUGCCUCCCCGGGCCCUCCCACCUGGCAGGAUGGGCCUUCUGAGCCCCUCAGGCAUUGGGGGUAUCUCCCCACGACAUGCCCUCACCAGCCCCAGCCUUGGGGGCCAGGGCCGACAGAACCUGUGGUUUGCCAACCCCGGAGGCAGCAACAGCAUGCCCAGCCAGAGCCGCAGCUCUGUGCAGCGCACCCACUCUCUCCCAGUCCACUCGUCGCCCCAGGCCAUUCUCAUGUUCCCUCCAGACUGCCCGGUCCCUGGGCCUGACCUGGAGAUCAAUCCCACUCUGGAGUCUCUGUGUCUGAGCAUGACAGAACACGCCUUGGGUGAUGGGACAGACAAAACCUCCACCAUCUGACAGGACCCACAGCCCAGCGCACCUAUAGGCUCCCUGGGCGGCGGGCGGGGGCCAACCCCCAACGGGCUUCUCUGCAACAGCGAGAGGGUGGGCUGGCUCAGCUAUACAUUCUAAUAUUUUUCUACUCUCUCACCCUUUUAACUUUUGUUUAACAUUGGCACACGCCUUGCUCACUCCCAGGCCCGUCGAAGGAUCUCUGCUGAGGCCCAGGGAGAUAGAGGGCAGCCAGGAUGAAGGGGGCAGGGACUGGCCAGCCUGCCUGCCCCCUCCUUCCCUCAUCCUCUACCUGGCCCUGUCCCACCCCUGCCUCCUCCAGACCGCCAGCCACCUGCCCCUCCCCAGGGAGCAGCCUCCCCCUAUCCUAUGGGGACUGCUCAGAACCACCUGACAUUUGGGGAGACAGCGAGGUAGAUCACCUGCUCUCCUGAAUGUUAUCUGAGAGGAGCUGAGGAGAAGGGAGGGUGAGGAGAGGAGCCCCCCCCUUCUUGCCACGUUCUUUGCCUUCCCCGUUCCCAUCGUGCCCCAAGGACAGGAGCCACCCUCCUCUCACUCACUUCCUUUUGCCCUGUUAUCAGAGGUUCUCUACAAUUAAUUUCUUAGGCCUAUUUAAGAUACAUAUUUAUAUAGUUCUUAACGGUUUUUCUCUCUGAUCAUUCCCUCUCAUUUUUAGAAUCCCUAGGCCUCUCUCUGAGCCAAGAAAGUGGCAGGGGGAGCCUGAAUUUUAUGAGGAGAGAGGGCAGAGCCCCCUCCUGCAGACCCCCCAGCCCUUCCCCCCUUCCCCCAGCCCUGGCUCCCCAGAUGCAGAGGUUGAAGGCGGGGGGCCGGGGAAGCCAAUGAGGUCAGGAAGUCUGUUGCCUUAACGUCCCCUUCCCCCACCGACACACACCCUUCUCCACUCCCAGUCUGGUUGCUGGAAGACUUGGGGGUAAGGAAUAAGGGAAAGGGGAUUGUUUGGUUUUUGGUUUCUUUCCCCAGCCCCUCUUUUCUUUCAGCCUUCCCCCACCCCCCAUUCUGUCAUGACCUCACUUAAGUGGAACACUAUAUCAUAACCCAGAGAGUCGUCCCAGCCCCGCAGUCUACAGAUCCUCUGGUCCCUGUUCCUACUGAGGGGUUGUGCUGGGGCCCAGGUGGAGGGAGGGGAUUUGGGGGUCCAGGCUGUGGGGAAGCCAGGGUCCCCUAUUCGAACCCCCUCUUCCCCCUCAACCCACCCCUCUCACUGGGACAUUCUCAAGCUUUUCACACCGAAAAGGAAAAAAAAAUGUUAUUUUUAGAUACAUUUUAUGAAUAACUUUUGUUAUGAAUAUGGCUGGUAACCAUUGUGUAUGUUAUUAAAGAUACAAAAUGUUGGGAAAAAACAAAAAACCAAAAAAAAUUUUAAAACCACCGCCCUCCCCGCACUCUCACCCUAUUCCCCACCUUCUUGCUGCUGCCCUCCUGGUCUGGACCUCCCUCAGCUCUGAGCCCAGGGAGGGGGAGGAAGCCAGGGGGUGGGGUGGCCCUGGGAACCUGCUACAGGUCCCCACCUCCUCUCCCAGUGCCGGGCUGGGUGGGGUGUCAGGUUUAUUUAUGUACCUCUUGCACACUCAUCAACCUAUGCAAGUCCCCCACCCCGGCCCCUCCAUGUUUCUGUGCCUUUGCUCAUUCCCCUCAAACUCCCAGGGCUUCUCCAGUCCCCCUCCCACUAGCCCCAGGAAGUGGGAUGGACAGGGGCCACCUCAUUUGGAAUCAGCAGGGUGUUCCUCUUACAGGACCCUCACCUCCUCCCAGCCAGUCCUGUCUUGUUCACUUGUUCAGGGCGAGCUGGCUCUGCCUGGCCCUGGGAGGGGGCAAGGGACACCUCCCCACACACAAUGGGAGGCAAGAGCUGCCCCCCUCCUCCCACCUGACAGCAGAGUGUGCAGGACGCAGGCGGCCCCACUCUGAUGGGCAGGACCCUGAUCCUCUCCUGCUCUGCCCCUCCCCACCCAGGCCCCUCCACCAUGAUUUCACCCUCCCUCCUAUCUCCAGCCCCACUGGCAGAAUCAGCUUUGAGUAACUGUACAGUGUUUCUCGCUGUUGGAGAAGACUUAUUUGUUGGAGUUUCACUUGUUUAAUGGUCUGGGCUUAUUUUGGAAAAAAAAAAAAAACAAAAAAAAACAAAAAAGGAUUCUGACCUUUGUUAUGCUACAUUUCACGGAAAACCUAGUGACCCUGUCUCUGUGGC